AGAAACAAGAAAUUGAUUAUGAAGAUUGUUGCUGUUUAAUUUUCUGUUCAUUGACUUCAACUAAUAAUUUCAGCCAGGAUAAGAUAUUAUAGUUGCUCCACACGUGCGCCUGUUUAUACAACUGUUGUCACGACUUGAGUAUGAUAGCCAGUUUAUUGAAAGCCCCUUCUCCUUCAGCCCCUGAUUGUCUUCCCACCCUCCGUCCACUGACUCUCUCCUCUUCUCCAUCAGAACCAGGCAUGGCUGGGAAGCCGUUCCGGGCCACAUUUAUCUGGAGCAGCAUCAUCUCCAAUCUCCACAUGCGCGUGGAGGUUAAGCGCCGGCGCCACAACCUCAAGUCCUACCAUGACUGCUUCCUGGGCUCAGAGUCCGUGGACGUGGUGCUGGCGCACAUCACCCUCAACCGGUUCUUUGGCGACGAGGCGGUGCCCCGCUACAAGGCCGUCCGCCUCUGUCAGGCACUCAUGGACUCAAGGGUAUUUGAGCCUGUGGGCGUUAAAGUAUUUUGCAAGGAAAAGAAGCCAGCCACAUUCGAGGACAGUAGUUGCAGUUUGUACAGGUUCCUGGACGCAACAACCGGCUCCUCAUCGCCGCUGACCAACGCCAACUCCACGAGCACCAUCGAGAGCGGCUACGACUCACCAAGCAUGAGCAGGAACAAGAACUGCUACAGUUCGUCACACGAAAGACAAGGGGUGCUGAGCUCCUCCACCCAUUGCCCUGUAAAAACAGACAAAUCACUGGAGGACGUGCUAGGAAACCUCAACCUGAGCUCCUCCAUCACCCCUCAAAUGAUCAACCUCGGCCUCUCACAAGAGCUUGUGGAUGAGGUGUGGCUCCAGCAGGCUGUGUUCAGGCUGCUGCAGCUGAUAGAGCUCCCCCUGUUGGAGAAGCUGUUAGAGGGUAAAGACACGUCGCGGCCCCCCCUGCAUGGCAUGGACAGUGACCCGGACCUGUUGUAUACAUCAAGCUACCUGGACCGAGAGGUCCUCAAGGCCUUCAGUGAGGCACAGGCUGAUGAGUGGAUGUCAGGAGCAGUGGACUGCCUGGAGUUUCUGCCUGAUGAGCGGGUGGUGGAGGUCAGCCGAGGUUUGGCCGGUCACGCUGAUGACCUGCCCCGGUGUAAGAGUCUGCUCUAUGAUAUCCUGGCUCAGCAUUACGGACACGCUCAACAGCCACCUCUGCUCAGCAAUCACAUUUUCGACAUCCACUCGGGCAUCUCGGAGCUACUCGUGAACGGCAAGCAGGAGCAAGCUCUCGAGUCCCUGCAGCUGAGCCUCAAGCUGCAAGACUCUCGCAGUAGGGAGGAGCUACGCAGGCUCCUGAGGUUCAUGGCCGUCGCAGCCAAAGCACAGGAGGUCAAGCUGCACAAGGAGAUCGAGAACAGAAUGGCGGUGAAAAGGUCUUUCUCAAGUGCCAUCGUCUACAGCAAAAGACUCUCCAAAGGAAAGGUGGACUUGAUGGUUCUGUUCAUGAUGGAUAACCACUGCGAUCUGUUCAAAAUUCCGGUUUCAUUACACAAGAUGGUCAGUGACAGAAUAAUGACUAUUGUGAAAGGGAAGGAUCCAGAUGUGAUAACAGGAUCAACAUCCUGCACAAGAGUGAGCUCUAAGGCAUACUCAGAAAAUGCAGAAAAAACUACGAAAGAGGAACUUUGGUCAUUACUCCGGAGAGUCCACGAGAACCCGAAACUCUCCGAUAAAGAAAAGCGACGGCUGCUGGGGCAGUUUUAUAAAGGCCACCCAGAGAUUUUUGUUCAGUACUUUGGAAAUAGAUUGUCCAGUAUCAAUGUGUUGCUGCAGUGAUAUUUAUUAGUUUGAUAAGUCAUUAUAAUUGUAAAGAGAGGUAAAGAACAAAAGCUAGCGUGACGUGAAGAUGCACAGUGUUGACUCUAUUUGCUUGUAUGUAAAUAGUUUAGAUUACUGAAAAAUAAUGUGAAUUUUAAUUGCGGAGACUCAUUAUAAGCUGCGAUAUUUAAGGACAUAUUUCAUUUCUUAGAUAUUUUCUUUGGUGCAGGACACUAACAAGAAAUGUCCUUGUCUGUUUUAAUGUAUAUGAAAAUGUUCCUGAGAGUUUUGUUUUGUUUUCACACUGCAGUGCGUCUUGAUGGCAUUCGGACAAGUCUGCAUGUAUCACUUUUCAAUGAAUGUAUUCUUUGUGCUUGUGCAAUAGAAACAUUGUUGGCAUUAAAAAUAUGUCUGCUCAUGUGGUUUAUCAUGUGCAAUGGGAUGCAUAAGAGAGCAAUGUCUGGAGGAACCCUCACAUGGACAUUUUAACCUGGAAAUUUGAAAGUCUGAUGAUGUUCUGUUGUAAACAGUCAGAGGCAUUCAUGAGAAACAGCCCUUUGUUUUUGUGUUUGUUCCAACAAUUCAGCAAAACCGAUGUUUAUACGUUUUUUCUUAUUAUUUUUUACUUUUAACCAUAGCCACGUUUUAGUGGUAUCUUCAGUGGUCUGUUUUGAAUAUGUUUUAUGUAUUCCUUCUACUCAUUCGAGGAAAUUGGUUUCAUAAUUUCCAGGUGAGAAAAGCAUUCCCAGAUUAAGCGUAAACCCCUCAUAUCCUGUUUGUAUUUUGGCAAGUCAUAAUAAAAUUCAACUGGAAUUAUUAAACAUCCAUACAUGUAAAUUGUCCUUUUUCAU